AUGGAAAGCACCCAAUUCGACGAUACGCUCUUGCCUGUGUUUGGCGAGCUUGAUAUGGCCAUCUUUAUGCCAUCGAUCGACCUUGCUACCCCCAGCAAUGCCCACGGCGAUGCCCCCGAUGACCCCCAGGAUACGAUCGUUCCAGGUACUACUACCUGGCCUACGCAUCUAGCUGCUAUCGACUGGAUCAACGAACAAGGCUGCCAGUCGGGCAGCGGCUUCGGAGAGAGCUCCAACAGACCAGCCAACAGACCAGCCAAAGCAACAACCAAGUAUCAAGCCGUGGAAGCCGUGGAGGACGUGGGAGCCGUGGAGGACGUGAGCGUGGGAGAUCGCGGAGACGUGGUCAGUAUGACGCAGUGCCAGCUAAUAUGA